CCAUUCAUAACCUUACACGUGUCAUCCUACCACGAAGUACAAAAACUGAAAAAGCUGAUAGAUAACCCAGAUACUUUAUACAAGAAAAGGAUAUAGCCCAGAUCCUUCCUGCACAAUGAGCUGCUGAUCAUCCACCGCCAACAUGUCCAUUUCCACAACGCUCCUUUCUCCAUCGCCGGCGGCCACCACGCGCCUCCUCUUCCACUCCCCUACCGGGCCGGCCCUCUUCCUCAGACCCACCAACGCCACCACAUUCCUCUGUCUCUCCGCCCCCAGGGUCUCCGUCGACAACCGAACCGGAAUUCCCGCCGUUGCAGCCGUCGUCGUCGAGGAGCCAUCCACUUCUAAGCCCGAAGCUGCAGUGGAAGACAGCUCCAAUGGAGCGGCGGUGAGCAAGUUCGUGGAUGGUAGGUGGAUUGGCGGGACUUGGGACUUGAAGCAGUUCAAGAAGGAUGGGUCCAUGGAGACUGAUUGGGAUGCCGUUAUCGACGCUGGUAAGAGAGUUUCUUUCGAAAUUAGGGUUCUCUCUCAGGUCUCAGCUAUGUAUGACUCUGAAUCAUUGUUUCAGUAGCUUUGUUUUUCGUUUGAAUUUCUCUGGCCAUAUCUGUUGACUCUCUUGGAAAGAACCCCAGGGGAUCCACUUAACCUAAUGUUUAAUCGUUCUGCAGCUUUAAGUAGAAGUAAGUUUACAAACCUUUUUAGGGGUCCGAACUAGGCAGAAGCUUAAUGUAUGUUACGUUAUAAUGGUUUGGAUUUGAAGGUAGAAAGUUGGUCUCUUGAUGAGUGUAUAUAGAUGAAACAGCACCAAGAGGUAAAGAAUCGCGUAAGAAAUGGGUUGUUGUGGUCAAGGAUUGAGCAGCCGCUUUCAUGGUAACGGAUGAUUUAAGCAGCAGUUGUCUAUGUUCUCAUUGCUGGUAUGAUGGUAUGUGUUUGUAGGCUUUUGGGGUGGGUCAGGAAUUUCGUCCCGUGUUUCAUUCGAAACAAUUAAAGAUCCAUGAUAUGAAUAUCUAGAACAAGCUCAGUUUAUUUUCCAGUAUGCUGAUAGUCAAUAUCGCAGUGUUAAGACACUGGAGGCUCUGUGUAUCACACCGAAUUCUGAGCUCGGUAUUGAGACAUAUGAAACACUGAACUCACUUUAGUAAGUCUUAACUAGCAGCAUUAGUGUAUGAUGUGAUUUUUAGAGAAUGAGCAUGCCUUUCUAGUUAUUUCAAUACUGAAUUCAGGUGAGUGUUUUGCAAGUUCAAUGACCAAAUUAGUAAUUCAACCUAAACACCAGAGUUCCAUGGAUUCCUUACAUGGUGGGGGUAGUGUUGUUGGAUUGUCAAAUGAGUCUCGUGUGUGUGUUCCAUGGUGUUUACUCUGUCCUUAGCUCUUUUUCAAAAGUUCUUAUGGUCGUAUUAAAAUUGUGACUGUGUUCUCUCAUAUGUAAUAUAAGGAAUCUAAUCCACCCUUAGUUCUUGAUGCAACAAUCUUCUCUUUUCUCGGAGGCAAGGAGGCGAAAAUGGCUGGAAGCGAACCCUGAAUCGUCGAGCAACGAUGAUCUUAUCGUCUUCGACACAUCAAUUAUACCAUGGUGGGCUUGGGUGAAAAGAUACCAUCUGCCCGAAGCUGAACUACUCAAUGGCCGUGCUGCGAUGAUCGGGUUCUUCAUGGCUUACUUUGUUGACAGCUUGACCGGGGUAGGCCUGGUCGACCAAAUGGGCAAUUUCUUCUGCAAGACUCUGCUGUUCGUCGCAGUCGUCGGAGUGCUUGUAAUCCGAAAGAACGAGGAUAUAGAAACAGUGAAGAAGCUGGUGGAAGAGACAACAUUUUAUGACAAGCAGCGGCAGGCAGCUUGGAAGGAUGAGAACACCAGCAGUUCAAAAAACUGAGUAGCCGAGCCCGAGAUACUUCUUGCCGGUAUGGUUUGAGCCGGUUAAUUAGGAAAUAUGGUCUUGGGUUGGACGGGAUCGACUCUUUAAUUAACGACCCUCUUAUUAUAGCAUAUAUUUAUCACCGAGAGUUAUUGCCUCUUGAAUAGGUAACAUGAGUCGAUCAAACAUUUCCUUUCUAUACCCUUUUCACAAACACUUUCUCUGCCUACUUUUCAAUGCAAAUUCGAGUCAAUCGAGAGAUCUCCAUCAACUAGAC